UUCCUGUAAAUUCCGAGAAGGAAGAACUAACGAAGAACUAACAAGGUCAAUGACUUCAGUCUGUGUGGUUUCUUGGUUGAACUUCGGGUUCCUUAUGGCGCGCAACAGGUAGCCAGUAUCACUGUGAGGACGGAAUACAUUGCAUGAUGUUUAUUCAAGUUAACAAUCUAAUCUCUGAUCGCUUUAAUGAACUCGAUAUUUACAAAUAGGAUCAUCUGUGGAACGUUGAGAAUAGCCUACUGAUAUAUGAUAUGUCCGCGCAAGGGUUGCUGAGCAGCGUUUUCUCAUGCUCCUCGCCAACAUCCAAAACAAUGUCCAAACGGAGACUGAGACAGACUAGAAGUUUGGAUUCAACUUUGAUAAGACACUAUGGGACCGAAACGGAUGGGACAUCGGGUCAAACAGAUCAAAAGUCGCUUUACCUAAGUGUAAAUCAUGGUCGUUACCUCCGAGCCUCAAACGAAAGCCUCUCCAAACUGGAUGCGCCACUUACAGCUGGGGCAAAACAAUGUCAGUCAGCAUCCUCAAGCCUGUCAAUAUAUUUGGAUACUUCUGGCCAAUUCGACUACGAUUCCAAGGCCACUAAAAGAAGCACGGCAUGGGAUUUACCUUUUCUUGUCAGAAGCCCCGUUACUCCAACCGGAAGCUCAAGCACUUUAUUUUCACCUAGAAAGUGGCUUCAAAAGAAGCCAUCUCCACCAUCCAUCCCUCAAUCAUACGCUGUAUGGAAAUCCGAGGGUGCCUUCACGUGGAACAGCAUGUCAGGGCGGAGCGUUCGUCUGAAGCCUGUGCCUCUCCAGAGCCUCUCAGAGCUGGAGAGAGUCCGCCUGCAAGAAGUGGCCUUCAGCAGGCUGCUCCAGGAAUACAACCUGGGCUGCCAGAUCACCAUCCCCAAAGAUGGUCAAAAGCGUAAGAAGUCCCUCAGGAGGAAGUUGGAUUCACUGGCCAAAGAGAUGAGUAAAGACAAAGAGGCAAUGCCCCAGGCCUUCGGCAUACUUCUGUCACAAGUGAUCUCUAACGAUCGCACCCACAAGCAGCGUCAGGAGCCCCAGCGCGAGGAGCACCGUGACCCCAGUGACCUGGUGUCCUCCCUGCUACACCUCACCUCACGGAAGAGCACCAAAGACAAGGAGCUGUCCAGCAGCAACUCGUCUCUCAGCUCCACCUCUGAGACGGCCACUGAAACACCGUCACCCAGCACACCCGAAGCAGCAACACACACCCGCAGAAGGGGAGGAGUGUCUGUGGAUUGCAUCACUGACCUGGAUGACAAUCAGUCUCGCCUGCUGGAAGCCCUGCAGCUGUCCCUACCAGCCGAGACACCCAGCAACAGGAAGAAGCAGAGGGACAAGAAGCUUAGCCUCAACCCCAUCUAUAGACAGGUUCCCAGGGUGGUGGAGAUGUGCUGCCUGCAUCUGGAGAAAUAUGGUCUACAGACAGUUGGCAUCUUCCGUGUAGGGAGCUCAAAGAAGAGAGUGCGACAGCUCAGAGAGCAGUGUGACCUGGGAAUGGAGGUCCAGCUGGACGAGGCUAACAGUGUCCAUGAUGUGGCCGCGCUGCUUAAGGAGUUCCUGAGGGAUAUGCCUGAACCCCUGCUGACCAGAGAGCUCUACACCGCAUUCCUCAACACCAUGUUACUGGACCAUCCAGACCAGGAGAGCACCAUCCAGCUACUGGUGUAUCUGCUGCCGCCGUGCAACAGUGACACCCUGCAACGCCUCCUGGAGUUCCUGGCCACGGUGACCGCCCACGCAGAGGACAGUCGGGACAGGGACGGACAUGAGAUCACCGGGAACAAGAUGACAUCACUCAACUUGGCCACCGUCUUUGGGCCCAACCUUCUACACAAGCAGAAGAGCUCGGACAAGGAGUUUACUGUUCAGAGUGUUGCCCGGGCAGAGGAGAGUACAGCCAUCAUUGGCGUGGUACACAGCAUGAUCACCACGUAUGAGACCCUCUUCAUGGUGCCGCCUGACCUGCAGAAUGAGGUUCUGAUGAGUCUACUAGAGACGGAUCCUGACGUGGUGGAUUACCUCCUGAGGAGGAAGGAUUCUCAGCACUCUGGUCCAGGCCCUCUGAGGACUGAGGAUCCCUUCUCUUUGAGGGAGAGGCGUUGCUCCAGUGACUCCAACAAGGCCUCCAGUGGGGAUGUGUCCCCCUAUGACAACAACUCACCAGUGCUGUCGGAGCGGCUGCUCUCCCAGCCCCAGGAGGACAGGAACCUCCUCUCUGAUAGGCUGUUCAGGGUUCCAGAGCAGUACACACUGGUUGGCCACGUCAAAGGUCGUCCUAGCAUCACCUGUCACUCACCAUCCACAGGCAAAGACACACCUGAUGAACAUGUCUGGGGUGCCUGGCAUGCCUCUCUAAGGAAAGGGUUUAUGGAUCAUCACAUCACUGGUUCCCAUGGCGACGUUUCGGAUCACGGCUCCUGCGGCUCAUCAGAGGGACUCGACCGUCACCAAGGUAACAACAGCAAACUGCCUGUCAGACGAACUUAUACCUCAUUAGGUGUGCCUGAGUGCAGACCACACCCCCUGGUGAUUCGUUGUAGUAGUAGCCCUCUGACGGAGAGAGGGCAAAGACAGCAGGGUACCGACUCAUUAUUACAUCACCGACCACAGGGAAGACCAGAGGCCGGCAGCUCAGAGGACCUCGCACUAAGAGGAGGAGUGUCACAGCCUGCCAGUCCCUCCCUCAGAGGCAGGCCUGGCGGCAGGGUGGAUGGAAGGCCUCCCCCUCCCUACCCUGGACCUCUCAGAGGAACACACAGAGAAUGUUCUCCCUCCACACCUUCUCUCUCCCUCUCCACGCACCAGUGUGUGAUCCCACAGAGCCCCCAACGGCCCCCCCAGGGCAGCUGCAGCCCCAGGAACCGGACUGUGGCCCCUAAGAACCCCUCCUCUAGUCCUCUGGAAGGAAAGGUGCCAGUCAGCCCGGAGUGGCAGAGAGAGAGUUGGCAGAUAUGGAAGCUCUUAUCAACAGACAACACAGACACACUACCAGAGACACUGGUGUGAUGCGUUGAGUAGAACCACUAACUUGAACUACUGUGUUACCAAGGGGAGAGGAGGGAUGGGGGGGUUCCUGUAUGAUUAUGUUGUUCUGCUACUUACUGAGAUGUGCCAAUUGUCUGUGAGUAACGGUGUGUUUGUUUGUUAAUGUUGUUGUUUCACUCUCCCCAUGUUGUUACCUACACUUUUUUCAGAAGCUUGACUCCAACAUUUUGUCACUAAGACAUACCUUAACAGAGACACAAGUUAACAUCACUGAGAUGUGACUAUCUGAGUCUUUGGGGUGGGGUGGGGGGGGUAGUAACAAAACCCAUUAUUUUCAUACCGUGUCAUUUAUAUGUUUUAUAAUGGUGUAUGAAUGAAUCUGAAUGGAUCAGUACUAGUGGCUUACGUACAAUGUUCAUUUUUAUAUUCUAAUAUCAUCCUAUGAGAUAAAAUGCUGAUAUUAUAACCAAAAUCAAAAAUACAUUUAUCGUAUUGAAACAAGAGGUGUCUUUGUGCUAUUUCUCUGUUGGUGGAGCUGUUGCCAAACAAAUGAAAAUCCAUUGUGUUUUUGUUACUGCCGUUACACUUAAAUGUGAUGUUUUGGUCACUAGCUUUUACAGCUAAUGUUCAUGGCCUUCUGUAACUGAUUGUAAUAGUCAUCCGAACACAACUUUAGCUGAUUCUAAUAUUCAUCCAUUCACUCAUCCAUUCACAGCUGUAACUGAUAUUAAUAUUCAUCCAUUCACUCAUCCAUUCACAACUGUAACUGAUUCUAAUAGUCAUCCAUUCACUCAUCCAUUCACAACUCUAACUGAUUCUAAUAGUCAUCCAUUCACAACUGUAACUGAUUCUAAUAGUCAUCCAUUCACUCAUCCAAACACAAGUGUAACUGCCAUCCCCCUGUUUUUAUUACGAUGGGGAAAAUGAAACUUGAAUAUACAGAACAUGAUGAAUGUAAUUCCCCAAUAUUCAAGAUAUAACCAACGUAUGUUAGUUUGUUAUUGAAUAUAUCAAGUGUUUUUCUGCCCCCACAUCUUAAGGGGAAAUGAAGGUACUGCAAUAUAUAAGUCAUUACUUUCACUAAGGAUUUUGUUGUUUGAAUAUUUGUUGGCAAAUCUUCCCACUGGGCACUCACUGGUUGAAUCAAAGUUGUCUCGAUGUCAUUUCAAUUAAAUUACAUUGCACCAACGUGGAAUAGACGUUGAUUUGACGUCUGUGCCCAGUGGGUUGUUUGUUUGUCCCGAGUUACAGCUGUCAAAAACGAAAGUGGUUUACACACAACUCAGUUAAAUGUGAUAUUCAAUGGAAUGGGAGGUUGGUCAGUCAAAUGUUAGGUUCAAGUCCCUCUGGAAAAAUCAUGAAAGGUUGAUGUCUUAGGAUCUGUUCAGUAAAAAUGACCGUUAAUGUCUCUGAUAUGAGGUUGCUUUGCAAUGCUAAUACGACUUUUUCAUUUUGACAUUUAUUUAACAUUACAUGCUAAUAGUAAUGCUUUUGUACCUUGUGCCUCAUCAGUAUUUUCAAUGCAAUUAAGCUGCUUUCAUUCUGUAUAUUGCCAGCUUGAACCCUUCAGCCUGAUUGUAUUACCGUAUUGUGCAUUUUCCUUUGUCCUCCGUGAUGGAUGAAAUGAGAUAUUAGUAUUUUUAUCGUCUUGUUUUCAUAAUCUGUAAAACUAUGCAUAGAAACUGAAAGUGGCGUGAAACAUUGUGGCAAUAACCCCUUACUCUCUUUGAAAAAGCCUUUUAACUCCUACUUCAGAAUUUUGUCAGUAUCCUCCAACUACUCCAAUGCUUGCUUUCGUCUUGCUCUUAAUUCUUAUGUUCCCAUUCUGUGUAAAGGGAAGUCAGGAACAAUGUAAGUGGUUCAUUCUCUAAUGAACUAGAGUGGAAGGUGGCUGUUUUGACAGCUCCUCAGACUCCAUAAAAAUUUAAUUUGGGCACAUUUCAACACCCUAAUGAAGUGCAAGAGCCAGAGCUGUCUGGCCUGUGAGAGAACUCUCUCACUAACCAGGAAGUGGAACAGAGGGUCCCAGACAUAGCCACAGGGAGUUCACCUAUCCUCUCCCGGACUGGACCACAGGCAAACUCGCUUCCUGAUUACUGCCUUUUUAUGACCAACUUUAAAAGUCCAAUGCAGCUGUUUUUAUCUCAAUAUCUCAAUAGUUGGGGUAACAACCUUACUGUGAUAGUUGGGGUAACAACCUUACUGUGAUAGUUGGGGUAACAACCUUACUGUGAUAGUUGGGGUAACAACCUUACUGUGAUAGUUGGGGUAACAACCUUACUGUGAUAGUUGGGGUAACAACCUUACUGUGAUAGUUGGGGUAACAACCGUACUGUGAUAGUUGGGGUAACAACCGUACUGUGAUAGUUGGGGUAACAACCUUACUGUGAUAGUUGGGGUAACAACCUUACUGUGAUAGUUGGGGUAACAACCUUACUGUGAUAGUUGGGGUAACAACCUUACUGUGAUAGUUGGGGUAACAACCUUACUGUGAUAGUUGGGGUAACAACCUUACUGUGAUAGUUGGGGUAACAACCUUACUGUGAUAGUUGGGGUAACAACCUUACUGUGAUAGUUGGGGUAACAACCUUACUGUGAUUGUUUUCAAUUAAAA